AUGCCACGUUCUCUACUUUACGUUUCUGUUUGUUUGUCGACAUUGCAUGAUGUGCUAAACCUCCACUGA